AUGCACCCCGCUACACCCCACAAGCUACCUAGCUCACGUCCACCAAGCUCUCCAACCUGCUGUCCUCAUCACAUUGCUUCUCAUGUUGGACUCGUUUUGGCAAUACUCGUUCUAGAACCCGACGUCAAUGGCCGCGCCCAGGCUUCGAUUCAAGGUGACGAGGGCCAAGUUCAAGCAGUGGUACAGUGGCAGGUCGGUGACUGGAGACCAAGUCAGAGCGUUUUGGGCCUUUUUGAAGAUCUGGGACGACAGGAGUGGUUGGACUUGAGUUUGAGGAUGAAAGGAACAUAAAGCCCCAUACUAUCGC